AUGUACUUAACACUUUACCGACCGCUAGCGUUUCAACAGCAUACGCACGUCCGACCGGCCGCUAAGCCACGGAGCCGAUUAAUCGGCUACCGGUCGGUAAGCGUUGGCGACAAAAAGCCGAUUAAUCGGCUACCGGCCGAGGCGAUCGUGACCGACGUUGGUCAAACUGACAUCGAGUUAACAACUGUCACCGAAUAUCCGUCAUGCGAAUCUACCACAUCGCCGAGACCAACUUACAUACCACCUGCUACACCAACACCGCCAACAAUAACAACGACGACCGAUUCGGAUUACGACGACAGUAUCGAAAUCGAAGCAAGUCCACCGCCUCGAGUGGACUGUGACGGACGUUUGUUUAUACCGCACAAAAACGACUGCGGCAAAUAUUAUCUGUGCAACUUCGGCAAAAUCUCGGAACAAUCUUGUCCACCCGGAUUGUACUGGAACGAAAACCGAUGCGACUGGCCGGAGAACACCAAAUGCAAAAAUCCUCAAAUCAACAUAUUGCCAAGAUUCAGAAUUGCUGAGAAUGUGAAUGAAAAAAAAGUCGUUUGUUAUUACACGAAUUGGUCUUCGAAACGAGUUAGCGUCGGCAAAUUCCUGCCGGAAGAUAUCGACGGUGAGCUCUGCACGCACGUCGUCUACGCCUUUGCCACUUUGGACGAGGAAACAUUUACGCUGGACAUCGACGAUUCAGCCGAUCUUUAUAGAAACUUUCUUAGAAAAGCGAUGGAAAUUAGACGGAAGAACGGCGUCAAGGUGCUGAUUGGUCUGGGAGGAUACAACGAUUCGAAAGACAACAAAUACAGCAGACUGGCCGCUAGUUCGCAGUCGGUUAGAAACAAAUUCGUCGAUUACAUCGUGCGAUUCAUCGAGCAAUACAAAUUCGACGGUUUGGAUCUCGAUUGGGAGUUUCCAGUAUGUUGGCAGGUAUGAAGUC